CCCACCAUUUGGGAAAUGUUAUGUCGGAACAGCCUCCAAUUUCAAUAGCUAACAUAGCUAAUCAUUUAAUUACGGCUAUUAAACCUGCUGCCCCUACGGCGACUACAUUGUCCCUCAUAGAGGGGAAUGCUAGAUAUUGGACACAGAAUACAAUGAUCAUACUCAGGGAUCAUUACCAAGAUGACAUUCAAAAUGCUGUCCAGAUCCCAAUACAAUUAGAAGCCUGGGACUGGAGACAGAACUUUGAUAUUGCUUCUGCAUGGGCUAAGAGCCAAUUUGGACGCAGGUUGAGGGAGGACACUUUGGAGAAAGUACAAACUCAAUUACGUGAGAGACUAAUUGCCCCCUCCAGAACACAGCGGGUCUCUGAAUCCAGAAUUGAGGAACAAAGACCGGUAAUGUCUACACAAACACUGCCAGAGGGGGAUUUUCCAUCUCCUUUACCGGAGAGGAGGAGUAAGCUACUGACAGUCACAGCAGAGGUGCACCCUCCUCCUCCUUCCUUGAACCUGAGGGAACUCUCCGAACCACUCCUGGCCCCUGCAACGGUUGCCAGGCCCAGGAUGAUGGACUGUGGCACAAUGACCGCCCCCACUAGUGACUGGUCGCCGGAGAGACUGCAGGGACCUGGGAGAGUGGAGGGAGCUUGCUCCCCUCCGUUCCCCUUCCCCUCCCCUGGUUCUCCUGUUCCCCCCUUUGUCUCCCUCCCCAUUCUAUAUUCUCCUACUAUCCCUCUGACACAGGCACCCAAACCGCAGAGGAAGGUUCGGAGGCUGGAGUCGCCCACCUCGGUGAUUCACAACGCUCCCUUGACCGGUGGUGCUGAUACUCCAACUCGGGCGGCUGCAGAGUGGCAGUCCUGUGAUGAUGAGUCGGAGGAUGAAACGACACGACGGGCAGGGCCUUUUGUCCCUCCUACUACUGGAGCCCGUGUGAAUCAGGGGACCUCCUCGUCGUCAGAUUCCUCUUCAGAGGAGGACCAACCGCUGGAGGACAAGGACUCAGACAGCCCCAUUCCACCGACCCCUCCGCCGAUGGAACCGGCGGCCCAGGGCACUCCUGCUCUCAACAAACCAACGGGUGAUCUGUUUGAGACGGAGAGGGACAACAUCCAUUGGACUCAAAACACAGCCCGGCGCAUGCUGGACCAUUGGCUGACCUGUUUAAACAAGUUAUCCCCGUGAAUCCUG